AAUGGCAAUACCGAUAACCUCACUUUUAAUGGCGGACGCGCUUGCGUGAUGCCGGUUUCGUGUUAUUAUUGCUUAUAAAUUGGCGUCCUUUCGCUAUAAAUUGUGCAUCGAUUGAUUUCUACAGUCUACGUUUUUCCGUGCAAUAGUUAAGAUGGUGGCACAGAAGCGAGGCCGUGGUGCCAAAGCUCAGGCGGCGAAGGCCAAAGCCGUGACGCCGGCUGCGGAAGAGCAAGUUCCCGAUUCUGAAGUGGUAGAGUCCAUUGAAGAAAAUAAUGGGCAAACUGAGCAGAACGAGCAUGCUGAAGAAGGAGCAGGCGACGGUGCUGGUGUCGGCGGCGAAGGGCAAGAAGGAGAGCAGGCCGAGAACGCUGACGGCGACGCCAAAGCCGAUGACAAGAAAGAGGACAAAGUGGAAUCUGGUAAACUGCUGGUUGAGAAUCUCCCAUCGAGCUACCUCUUCGACUACCAAGAGAAGCUCAAGGAGUUGUUCUCGAAGCAUGGAGAAGUCACCAGCGUAAAACGUGGUCCAAUCAUUGUUACUGAACUGACCACAACUCCGACAUUAUCGGCUAUAGUCGAAUUCAAAAACAAAGACGAUCUGGAAAAGGCGCUGACAGAAGAAGGCACGGUGCUGGACAACUGCGCUAUCUCGGUGGCCGUGGAGUCGCGCGCCGAGACGGCCGUGCUGGUGGGCGUGCCCUACGAGGCCGGCACGGAGUACGUGCGCCUGCUCUUCACGCAGUGCGGCGAAGUCGCGCACAUACAUGAGUUCAGCAAGACCAAGUAUAAGAUCCUGCGAGUUACAUUCCACGAGAAGGAAGCGGUGGAGAAGGCGCUGAAGCUGGAUCGCGAGUUGCGCAUCAAUGGGUUCCUGGUCACCGUGUCCAAGUACCGCGACGAGGAGGAGCAGAAGGCGCACUCUGCCAAUGUUAAUAAGAACAAGCGACAGCACCCGGGCAACCAGAACCGGUCCGGCGGCGGAGGCGGUGGCGGCGGCGGCGGCGCUCCCAACAACGCCAACAACGCGCGUAACAACAACUACCGCCCACGCGGCGGCGCUGCCAACUUCAACGCACGUGGCAACUUUAGAGGUGCGCGCGGUCGUGGCGGCUUCGGAGGCCGUGGCGGGGCCUUCCCGCGCGGCGGCUUCGCACCCGUCAAUGCCUACAUGCCGCCGCAAGGCUUCAUGGGCCGUCCCAACUUCUACUAGUUGAGAGUUGUGUAAUAGCAAGAACCAAAGCAGGGCGGGUUCAUGAACGACGGUCAGCGACCCAACAAACGGCUCCGGCAGAUGUAGAGCCCCAAAACUCCGAUCGAUGUCCGUGUGUGUGUGCGCCUCCCAGAGACCUAUGUGACUACAGUAUGAAUUGAUAUGAUAUGAAUUGAUAAAUCUAGCUAAUUGUAUUUACUAAGUACAUUCAAUAAUUAUAAGCUAUUGUCUUUUGACAGAUAAUAAAACAUUGUAAUUACUAACAAUAAGUUGUUUUAUUUGCAAAUGAUUGUCUUUUAAAUUUAUUGACCUCUACACGUCACGCAAUAACUUUUUGAUCCAUUAAAUAACAUGUUUCU